GCGGGCAUUUAAACUACACUGCACUGGUGCAGAUAUUCUUUGUUUACAUGCAUGAAGUGUGGACUUCUUCCAAUUUCUGUCACAUUUCCCUCAGUUUAAAAGUAACUUCCGAGCUAAAUCAUGGAUACCGACAUUGAUCAGCAGUUGAGGGAUUACCAGCGAGAAUAUCUGGAAUUUCUGGACGAUGAUGCCGAUCAAGGAAUCUAUCAUGAGAAGGUUCAGAGCAUGAUUUCAAAGAACCAGUGUCGUCUGAUUGUCAACAUCAAUGACCUCCGACGAAAGUAUCCCAAGAGAGCUUCUAGGCUAUUGAAUGAAGCCCACGAAGAGGUGGCCUGCCUCCAGCGAGCGCUGAAGGAGUUUGUCACGUCGGCUGAUACCGCAUACGGCAAGCAGCACGACGACUUCUUUGUUGGAUUUGAGGGAAGCUUUGGGGCCAAGCACGUCACUCCGCGUACUCUAGCAGCCAGUUACCUUGGAAACCUGGUUUGUGUAGAGGGUAUCGUUACAAAAUGCUCACUUGUUAGACCCAAGGUGGUGCGCAGCGUCCAUUACUGUCCAGCUACUCGUAAGACGAUGGAACGUAAAUACACCGAUCUCACCUCUCUCGAUGCUUUCCCUUCUAGCUCUGUCUAUCCAACAAAGGACGACCAAGGUAACCCCCUUGAGACAGAGUUUGGACUGUCCAUGUAUAAAGACCAUCAGACCAUCACAAUUCAAGAGAUGCCUGAGAAAGCUCCUGCUGGCCAGCUUCCGAGGUCUGUCGACAUCAUCGUCGACAACGAUCUGGUAGACGUCUGCAAGCCCGGUGACCGAGUCCAAAUCAUUGGUACAUUCCGGUGCCUCCCAAACAAGCAAGGUAGUUACACUAACGGCACAUUCAGAACCAUCAUCAUAGCCAACCACGUACAGCUUCUAAGUAAGGAGACUGUUCCAAACUUCACCGCAGAAGACAUUGCAAAGAUCCGCAAGUUCUCCCAGGAUAAAAAGGAAGAUGUCUUUGAGCUGUUGGCCAAGAGUCUAGCGCCCUCUAUCCACGGUCAUGAGUACAUUAAGAAGGCAGUGCUGUGCAUGCUGUUGGGAGGAAUGGAGAAAGUAUUGGAGAAUGGUACCAGACUUCGUGGUGACAUCAAUGUAUUAUUAAUUGGAGACCCAUCCACAGCCAAGUCACAGAUGUUGAGGUAUGUUCUGCACACCGCACCGAGAGCCAUUCCAACAACUGGAAGAGGUUCAUCCGGUGUUGGUCUCACCGCCGCUGUUACCACAGACCAAGAAACGGGUGAGCGUCGUCUCGAGGCUGGUGCUAUGGUACUUGCUGAUCGUGGAGUAGUCUGCAUUGAUGAGUUUGACAAGAUGAGUGAUCAAGAUCGUACGGCUAUACAUGAGGUAAUGGAACAGGGGCGUGUCACCAUCGCUAAGGCGGGUAUCCAUGCCAAGCUCAACGCUAGGUGUAGUGUAUUAGCAGCUGCAAACCCUGUUUAUGGACGGUAUGACCAGUAUAAGACACCCAUGGAGAACAUAGGCCUACAAGACUCUCUUCUCUCUCGUUUUGAUGUCAUCUUUAUUGUUCUUGACCAGAUGGAUCCUGAACAUGAUCGUAAGAUCUCAGAUCACGUCCUUAGGAUGCAUCGAUACAGACAAUCGGGAGAGCAGGAUGGAGAUGCGAUGCCACUUGGUAGUUCAGUUGAGUUCUUGGCUACCAAUGACCCUGAUGCUAUCGAAGAAGAGAAGCAAGAAACUAAAGUCUUUGACAAGCAUGAUAAACUACUCCAUGGUGCAAGAAAGAAGCAAAAGUAUGUAAGCAUGGAAUUCAUGAGGAAGUACAUCCACAUUGCUAAAGGAAUGCAGCCUCAGUUGACGAGAGAAGCAGCUGACUGCAUCGCAGAUGAAUACUCUAAACUUCGCAGCCAAGAUGCCACUGCUAACAACAUUGCUAAGACUGCUCCUGUAACGGCCCGUUCACUUGAGACCUUGAUCCGCCUCUCCACGGCCCACGCCAAAGCUCGUAUGAGCAAGACUGUUGAUCUUCAGGAUGCUGAAGCAGCCAUUCAACUUGUUCAGUUUGCCAUCUUCAAGAAGGUUCUAGAAAAGAAGAGGAAGAGGCCACAAGAGGGCGACAGUGGCUCGGAGGAUGACGAAGAGGCCAAAAAGGAAAAGAAACAGAGACGCAAAAAGAAGGGAGCACAGAGGAAAGAGAGGCCUGCAGGAGCAGAGGGAGAGGAAGAUCCUUAUGACUUUGAUAGCUACGAAGAAUCUGGUGAUGAUGAAGUGAUGCCAACGCCUCGUAAGCGUCCUUCGUUAAGCCAGGAUUCAUCCCAAACUCAACCUAUGGACACCGAUGAUUCACAGGACACACAGACAACUAUUGACCCUCAAAGGUUGAAGUUAUUCAAAUCUACCGUGCACAAGACCUUUGAAGCAACGCAUGCCCAGUCGAUCCCGAUGACUCAAAUAUCUGAAGCCCUUACUACCGAACAUAAAGAAGCACCAUUUAGCAAAGCCGAGAUAGACAGUGCCCUCUCUAAGAUGCAAGACGACAAUCAGAUCAUGGUUUCUGAAGGCAUCGUCUUCUUGAUUUAAUCUCUUCACAUUUUGCUUGUGAUGUUCUUAAUCUUCCCUUAUUCAGAAGUUUGAAGGAAUGGGGAUAAAGAUUAAAAAAUAGGGAUGUGUUUGCUGAUUCUGCUUAUUUUAGAUUUGUGCUAUAUCUGUUCCUAAAGCAACAGAGAUAGCUUUAGCCUACGAUAGAUAGGUGUAAUAGCAGCUUUGAUGAAAUGUGAUUGAGAAUGUAUGUGUGCUUGAAUGCCAUUUCGGCCUUGUUUGUAUUCAGGUUCUUGAAAUAACUGCUCUUCACUUAUCUCUGGGCCCCGUCUUACAAAGAGUUGCGAUUGAUCCGAUCAAUCACAACUAUGGACGGCAAGAAACAUCAACAUCUAGUAUGCAGGUUUGUUCAAAAUAUUUUUCAACUAUUCAUGCAUUCAUUGUUUUCUUAAAAUUUCACUGUGCUUCUCUUUGUUUACAA